GUGACUCCGAGUCGCCGAACCUUAAACUCCGCCACAUCACUGCAAUGGUUCUUGUACUUCUCAUUGGCGACCUACACAUACCGUACAGGACGCAUGAUCUCCCCGCAAAGUUCAAGAAACUGCUGCUCCCUGGAAAGAUUCAACAAAUCAUAUGCACCGGGAACAUUUGUGACAAGGAGACGUACGACUAUUUGAGGACAAUUGCUUCUGAAGUCCACGUUGUUCGUGGAGAUUACGAUGAGGACCCCCGCUUCCCGCUGUCAUUGGCGCUAUCGCAUCCUCCUCUUCGUAUAGGAGCAAUACAUGGGCAUCUGAACGUUCCGGUCGGCGAACUAGAUUCCCUGGGAGCCAUCGCGAGGCAAAUGGACGUCGAUGUACUUGUUCAUGGCCACACUCACAAGUUUGAAACCAUGGAGCAUCAAGGGAGAUUCUUUGUGAACCCUGGAAGUGCAACAGGCGCGUGGAUGGGGAAAUCGAUGGAGACCCUUAUACCAUCAUUUGCCCUCAUGGAUGUACAAGGGCCAGUCGUCGUAACUUAUGUUUACCGUUUAAUCGACAAUGAAGUCAAAGUCGAGAAGAUAGAGUGGAGGAAGCCUACCCCAGUCGAACGCCAGCAGGUCGUCAACGGAUAUUCGGCCCAGGACAGCACAAGAAGCCCCGGUCCAAGCGCUCCACGAGAUAUUCCGCCAAGCACAAGUGCAUGGGCAUAGUCAUGCCUAGCCUUAACCACGCACUUCAGACAUUCGCGAUUAACUUCAUUAUCUUCUGCUUCGCGCCCACUGUCAACCUUACCGCACGAAUUUACGAAAUAACGCCAGACCUCAUAAUUCUAAUGCGCAUUUCCCGACAGUUUUCAGUCAGGCAGAUGGGGAACUAGUCGGGCCCCUAGAAUAUGGGAUAAUUAGCAUUAAUUCCAAGGUGACAAGGAGCUACUCGGUUUAUGCAGUCAAAAUGAUCAGACUCUCAUGAGUGGUUAUAUGCGACGGAUCCCCUUUCCUGAAGCAGGGAGUGUCCUCGAUUGGAAUCACCCCCGAGACCAGUUCCCGACUUUGCCGAGAGGCUGGUCACCUGCCUAGACUUUGCC